AUGAAACCGAAACAGGAUAACGUAUUUCGUGUUUAUCUGUGCAAGAAAGGUGACAAGAAAUGUAAAGGAAGGAGAUGUGACGUCAUACUGAGCAGUAAAGAUCUCCCUGGAUUACGUUUGGGUAAUAUAUUAGAGAUCUCACUAUCGCUGGAUCAGCGAUUUUACGUACAGCAUUUGCACGAAGAUGUGGAGAGUGGGACAUACAGAGAAAGACGCAUUUAUAUUGAGAAAGCUAUUGCCGAUAUGUUUUCGCUUUCUCAAAAUCAAUAUGUUAUGGUCAAAAUCAUCGAAAAAAAGGAGGUAAUGUUGGAUAACAUCGAGAUCACUAUAAAAGAACGUUAUGUUAGUCGAUCCGAUAUGUGGCGCUACCGGGAUUGCCUUAUUGACACUUGUACAUAUAUUGGAAAGAAAAUGGAGUGGUUGCUCAUCCCAUCCACCGUUAUUAACCUUUGGGCAAAAGGUGAAGUUGUAACAAGUGGUUACGUAUCAAAAGAUACACGUAUAGUAUUUCGUUCUGCAAGUGCUAUGAUGCUGAUAUAUGUUCAAAUGAGUUCAGAAAUGUGGGAUUUCGAUCCAUACGGUGAUCUUUAUUUCGAAAAAUGCGUUAAUGGUUUUUUUCCACAGCUGUUUGAGCAGUGGAAUAAACACCAUUGUGCACAUUCGAUAACAUUUAUUGUCACUUCAAGAUGGUAUUUUAAGGAAGAACUUUUGAACGAGGAAAUGAAAGAGAAACUGAGUAUAGACUACAGAGGAAAAUAUUACGAGGAUUUUUAUCGAGUUAUCGUGCAAAAUGAACAUUACGAUGAUUGGAGGCAUGCUGUUUUAUCAAAGAUUGAUGCAAAAGAGAAAGAGCUUGCUGUGCUUUCAACAGCUGCUGAUGGUAAUUUUCUCCAAGUUCUCAAUUUAUCCAUGAAUGAAUUUAGUGCCUACUUUAUCAACCGCCGUUUUGAAAUUGUUGGCCAACAGAUUGUUUUUGUCAGUGCAGGUGGCGGAGUUUUCAAUGUUGAUCGUGAUAUGGUUAACAUGACUAAGCAGCGUCUCAUUGAUAUGGGUAUAUCUCUAGAUCUUGUGUGCCUUGGUGAACAACCACUUCACGCUGUUCCUCUUUUUGUUUUUCAAAGAACAAACGGCAUUUAUACUUCGGAUGAUUAUUUAAUACCACAUUGGAUGAAUUAUUCAUAUUAUCAAAUGAGCCGACGUUCCGCAAUAUCAAUUAAAUUCAAACCGCGAAUUAAUCUUCCGGAUGAGUUGCUUCGGAACACUCGCAAAGGUCUGGUUAUGGAGACGACUGGUUCACUUAUUACUGAUAUGGAUGCUGCCGAUGAGGAAGCGUUUUCAUCACUUAUUGACAAUAUUUCUAUGAAAAGUAACGCAUCAGAGUUCGCAAAAGAGUCUUUGUUGAAGAAAAACUUAAAUUGCGGAGACACUAUAUUUGAGCCGCAUCAUGAGGAAAGUUCAUGGCAAAAUAGCUCCGACAAAUGUGCUGCAAGCAGUCUUUCUGAACCUAGCUUACUGGUGGAUCUACCGGAAUGUAAAAAAUUACAAGACAUAUUGACUGUGAUUGAAAGACGUUUUUUAAUUAAUCCAUUUAAACUGGAAGAGUUUAGUGUACCAAUCACAGCUAAUCGGCGUCGUUGGAUUCAUGUGUUUCCAGUAGACGAACUCGGUCGUUCGAAAUUGGCGCAUCAUUAUGUAUCCGGUAAAAGUGUCGUCAAUAUUGUACAAGUGGAUGAGUCUGAACCGACUGAAACAAUUAUUAGUGUUAACAAUUCUCCAUCAUGUAGAUCAUCCUCUGCUCAGCUUUUUGAAGAUAUCGGGGGCAGCAGGAUUACAGGGCUGGGAACAGGAGGAAAGAGAUGCGUUUGGGCUUGGGGUUCAACUGGUGAAGAGAAGUGGAAUUCAGAUAUGGAAAUUGGUGUUGAUUGGAAAUCGCUUAUACGUUCAGCUCUUCUUCCACUAACCACUGAUUUUUUCCCCGAUAGACGCAGUAUAGUUGCAGACUAUUCAAUGAAAUCCCAUCAGCUGCCGAUAUAUUUCGAUUUAGUGGGUGAAUGGUUGGAAGAUUCGAAUUGUAAUGAUUUAGAGCAUCUUCGGAAUCUUGUUUUUGAUCAACUUGUUUAUCAGCGAUUGCAACGUGGUUUUCAAAUAGUUCUUCUGGAUAAAAAGAUGUUACACACAGCUAUUGGCAUUGAUGAAGAGCAGUCAGAGAGAGAAUUUACGAAUAUGGUUUCUCGAGAAUGUUUCUUAUCACAUAAUCGAAUAUAUCAUCGUUUGUGUCUGGUAAAUGAUGGAAUAACUGUUAUCCAAUUUUUACCAAGACUUAAGGAACCUCAGGAAAUACCUGAAAUAGCUGAACAAAGAGAAUAUAGAUAUCUGUUCCAAAUACCGGACAGUCCCCAAUAUAUUUUUUGUAGCGCAAGAUUUCAAAAAUGUGAUCAUUCAAAUGUGAAUUGGAGCCUUCUUGAUGUAGAACUGCAGAAUCGUUCCGUUCCACGGUUAUUCCAGAACGACAUGAAAUGUUUUGCAUCGAGGUUUUUAUUAACACCGUUGUGUGCUUUUAUAACGAAGACAAUUAUAACUGAACGUAAUGGUGGUGACAAGUAUAUGGCACUUUUUGAUCCGCCAUUCUCCAAAAAGCAAGAGGAAGGAUUUUUGAAAUUUAUUGAAGUGUUGAAUCGAUUCAGAAGGAAAACUUUGCCGAGACACAAGAGAUUAAUGGGUUCAAUGAGUGAUGUCGAAAGUCGAGUAUAUAGCGUUGAGAAUGUUGAUGUUUUGUUAAAUGGUUGGCGUCAAACCUGUUUGCCACUUUAUUCGCAGGAUUCCACCAGCCGAUUUCCGUCGUGUAUGUUUCUGACAAUAGAAUUUGUUGCCUGGCUAAUGGCUAAUGUUUCCGAACUGUCGAAUCGGCAAGCUGCUUUGGAAUUUGCAGGAAAUUUGAUUUCAGCUGGAAAGAUACGGAUGUUACAACCAAUCGAAACGCUAAUGGAUGAUCUCGAUUCUUCUAUAUCAGCUGAAAAUCACUGGCAUGAGUUUCACUGCGGUUUCUUUUUAUGUUACUUUGCAAACAAAUAUAUUCCGGAUGAUAAGAUAGAAGAAAGAGAUGCUUGGUCACGAGUUAUUCAGUGUGAAAUUGGUAAAAAGUGUCCGGGUCUCACAUCAGUCGACUGUGCAUAUAAGCUGAAUUCUGUAGAGAUGAAGUUUUAUGCACAGGUACAAAAAACGGCAGACUCUGAAGGACAUGAAUAUCUCCCACAACAUGUAUCGCAAGUCAUGGAAUGGGGCAAAGUUUUUUAUGAAAAAACUUUUUAUGCCACAAAGUCUUUUGAAAUUGGAGUGCGAUGGUUCAUGGCGAAUAGUCAGACAGUGGCGGAAACUGUGCGUUAUUGGUGCAGCAAAGCGGCUAAUUUUUCGUUUCACAUGUUUCCGGUGCCUGAGGAUCCCUUUCCACAUGUCCUGAAUUCUCUUUCACCAUCACUUCAAUGUCCUGUAGUCAUACCUUUCAGGCCGAGUAAAAUUCAAUCGCAUUAUAUUUGUCGGCUUAUUACUGCUGUAAUCACAGCCUUUGGAUUCAUUGAAAUGGGUUGUUCGGCACAUCGAGUACCACAAUAUGUCCACCUUACAGGUGGGAUGUUUUUGAUGUAUGAUGAAGUGCGGCAAGCAUUUGUUUGGUCUUGGAAUCACAUGCUCAGCCAUCGAUAUCGUGCUAACUUGAAUUGCUCGGAAGACUUUCGGGAUUAUAUGCUCUCAGAUUUUCAAUCAUUUUGUAGCAAUGUGGAUAAUCGUAUUGAUAAUUAUAUUCAUAAUUUGCUUGAGAAUCAAUAA